UUGGCUCCGCAGGCCUCCACCUUGGAGGAGAAGGUGCCCCAGGACCCUCGCUGAGCAUCGCCCAGGCCAGGUUCUGGAAAUCCCUCCCGUCAGGAUCGCCUGCAUUGACUUCUUGCCCACCUGCAUCCCUCCUUUAUGCAGACAGGGGAUGGACUGACUGGUCGCUGCAAUUGCGGGGCUGUAUGCUUUGGGUGUGGAAAGACCCCCGAGAUAGCCUCUAUUGCCAAGUGGCCACACGCUGCCGAAGAGAAGAGAUUAGAAGGUGACCAGCCCCCUCUGAACUCGGAUCAUUCACACGCCGGGUGGCGGUCACAACAAAGCCUUACAAGUGGCCUUACUCCCUCCCACUCCAGAGAUUGGUGCUUGAGGUGCAAACCGGCAGCGACAGGUAACAUGCCAACGCAGUCCCUCUUAGUGUACAUGGAUGGGCCGGAGGUCAUUAGCAAUUCCCUAGGACCCCAGACUGAGGUGACUGAUGGCCCUUCCAUAAAAGGGGCCGCCACUGCUGUUCCGUUCCGACCCACGCAGGAAAGAAGCAGCGGGCAGCCCGAGGGCCCCCUGCCCCUGGACUGCAUGUUCUGCAACCAGGCCUUCGCCCAUUCGGAAGACCUCAACAAGCACGUGCUGGUGCAGCACCGGCCCACCCUCUGUGAGCCAGCAGUGCUGCGCGUCGAAGCCGAGUACCUGAGUCCCCAGGACAAGGGCCAGAUGGGCGCCGAGCCUCCCAAGGGCAAGAGCUGCCCAGACCAGGAAGACCCGAGCUGUGAGGUGUGCGGGCAGACGUUCAGCGCAGCCUACGACGUCGAGACCCACAUGAAGAAACACAAGGACUCCUUCACGUACGGCUGCAACGUGUGCGGGCGGCGCUUCAAGGAGCCGUGGUUCCUGAAAAACCACAUGCGGACCCACACGGGCAAGGCCGGCGCGCGGAACAAACUCCAGCAGGGCCUCGACUGCCCGGCGACCAUCAACGAGGUGGCGGUGCAGGAGCAGGCGGCCGAGGGCCUCGCGUCGCCCUUCAAAAUCUGCAUGUUCUGUGGCUUCUUCUUUCCGGACAAAGACGGUCUGAUCGAGCACAGCAAGGUGCACACCAGGGAGCCCUCGUUUGGGCCCGGGCCCGAGGUGGUGACCCCCAAGGAAGAGUUCCUGCGCUUGCUCAAACUGAAGCCCAGAUCCCACCUAGAAAAAGCCAAGAAGCCAGCCACGUGGAUCCCGCAGCUGGACGCCUUCACCACCUACCAGGCCUGGCAGCUGGCCACCAAAGGCAAGGUGGCCGUCAGCCGAGGGGAGGUCAAGGAGCCCGGGCAGGAGGGCAGCACCGACAAUGACGACUCCUGCUCAGACAAGGAGGAGCUGGGCGAGAUCUGGAGCGCGACAAACAAAGGCCACACUGAAGGUUCUGGAAAGCCCAAGGGGGGCAAAGGCAGCUGUGCGGGCCUCACCCACGAUAAAGAGAAGGCCCGGCAGGCGAAUGGGGACGUGUCUGGGGAUGGGGACCCCAAGCUGGUCCAUCACAAAGAGAAGCCCACGCACUGCUCUGAGUGCGGCAAGGCCUUCCGGACGUACCACCAGCUGGUGCUGCACUCCCGGGUGCACAAGAAGGACCGGCGGGCGGACGCCGAGUCACCCACCUUGGCAACCGAUGGGCGGCAGCCCAGGAUGGGCUCCCCGGACCUGGCUCCCCCGCUGGAUGAUAGCGGGGCUGUGGAGCGAGGUGACGGUGGCUCUGAGGACGGCUCCGAGGACGGGCUUCCAGAAGGACUGCAUUUGGAUAAAAGCUACGACGCUGGAAAAGUAAAACACCUUACGUCCUCCAGAGAGUGUAGUUACUGUGGAAAGUUUUUCCGUUCAAAUUACUACCUCAAUAUUCACCUUAGAACGCACACAGGUGAAAAGCCGUACAAAUGUGAAUUCUGCGACUACGCGGCCGCUCAGAAGACCUCGCUGCGCUACCACCUGGAGAGACAUCACAAGGACAAGCAGCCUGAGCUGGCUGCUGCCACCUCCACCGAGGGCAAGAGUGACGGGAGGAGCCAGGAGCCCGAGGACGCGCCGACUGCCCCCGAGAGUGUGCAGACCAAAAGUCUGAAGAGGCUUUUUGACGGUGCCAAAGAUGGGAAAGGCAGUCCCCCCACAAAGCAACUCAAGGAGACGGUGCCUUCCACCUUCCAGAAUGUUCUCAGCAGCAUGGUUCUCUCACCAGCCCACAAAGAUACUCAGGACCUCCGUAGAAACCUGCCCGACGACAGAGUGAGCAAAAGGCCCACCACUGCCUUCCUGGACGCGCUAACCAAGAGAGCUGUGCUGGAGCUGCAGGCUGGCCGCCCCGGUCAGCCCGAGGGGGCUGCCACUGCCCGCCCCGAUGGCAGCACCUCCUCCGUGGACGGCAGCCGCCGAGAAAUGCCGAGGGAGGCCGCUGGCCCCUGCAGAAGUAAGGCCUCGGCCGAGGGCCAGGAGAAGCCGCUGAACCUCUCCCGGGGACCCCUGCACAACGGCCCGGCCAUGUCACUGGGCAAAAACCUGAUCCCCACCAUCACCUGCCCCUUUUGUACCUUCAAGACGUUUUACCCCGAGGUCUUAAUGAUGCACCAGAGACUGGAGCACAAGUACAACCCCGACAUUCACAAAAACUGUAGGAACAAGGCCCAGCUGAGAAACAGGCGCACAGGGUGCCCUCCUGCCCUGCUGGGCAAGGAUGUGUCGCCCAUGUCCACCUUGCACAAGGCCAAGCCCAAGGCUGCCGGGCCCAUGCAGGCCAAGGUCCUGCCGCCCGAGAAGGCCCGGCAGUGUGCCCUGGGGCCGGACAAGGCCCCCCCACUGGCCUCGGGUGCAAACGGCAGCACUUUAGUCCCCAGUAACCUGAAGGCCCACCGGUCACAGCCCGGCCCUGGAGGGCCAGUGGCCGCACCACCCCGGCAGCAGGUGCCGGAGAUCUUCUCGAAGGCCGGUGCGGCUGCAGCGCCAGACAAGACGAAGAGGCCCGAGACCAAACUGAGAUCUCCAGUGGGGGCCCCGCCCCAGCCCCCCCUGGGCAGCGGCCAUGUCACUGGCUCUGCCGACCACCCCUCCAAGCAGGACAGCCAGUGGGUCCCAGCCGGCCGGGAGUAUUUCUCCACCCGUAGUGGCGGUGGUGCCAGUGGGGAGUUUGGCGAGCUGCCGCCCAAGAGACUGAAAUCAUCGAGUGUGGUGACCCUGGAGGCUGACCAGCCGGGGACCCAUUACUCCCGAAGGGGCUACGACCUCCCCAAGUACCAUGCCCGCACCAUCUCCAGCCUGCUGCCCCAGGACUUCGUCCGCCCGCCCCCGUCAGUAUUGUCCUCCAAGUCCAGGUUCCUGAGCCCCAGCGAGGCCGACUCGCCCAAUGGGCUGGCCACCCCGAAGCCUUAUGGUGGUGCCGGGCCGCUGUACCCCUCCUGUGCUCCCCCCAGCAGCCAGGUGGCCAGCGCAGCGCUCGAAGGAAAACGGCCUGUGUCGUAUCAACACUUAUCCAGCAGCCUACUCCAAAAGAGAAACUAUGAAAAUUUUAUCGGGAAUGCACAUUACCGACCAAAUGACAAAAAAACUUGAUUUCCUAUUUUGGGAGGAAAGUCUCCAGCCUGCGGGAGUCUGGAUGCUCGGCUUCGAGAACUCCCCACCGAACGAAGCCCCUCAGUUGGGCGCCAGAGGAAGUGGAGGCGGAAAGCUACUGAGACUUAAGCUGUGAUUGUACUGUGCCUGGGACAUACACGAACACUACAGUUGUGUGAAGUCGCUCUGUUCACUUUUGUACCAAAUAGCAAUAAAAACUAGUGUUGGGUUGUAUACGUACGAAGACCAGAAAUCUCUAUUUUGUUCCUGAACGAUAUUUUUUUAGAAUUGACCAAAUAGAACGUUGGUGGGUGUUGCGGUUUUGUUUUGCGUACUUGAGCGCGCUGCUGAAAGGAGACGGUGGGGUGGGGGCCGGGGAAAGUAUGUAACGCUUGCACCUCAGGUUAAAAAAAAAAUCUGUAAAUAUAUUCUGUUGGAAACCUGCUUGUUUAAAAAAGAUUGUAUGUAUCUCCCCCCGCCCCUGUCUAUUUGCUCACCACGUCGAGCAGUUUAAUAGUUUAUGCUUUCAUUUAAAAUGUGUUUUUUUAAGGAAAAAAAAUGACUUGUAUGAUAUUAAAAUCCUCCACAAUCUCUUGUUGUCUUAAUGGAAGUGCCCACCCCCUCUAUCAACCUGUGCUGCACAGAUGGAGACAAGCCAUUGUCCACUUGUGCCCUCUCUCCGCCCAGGACUGGGCCUCCUUGUGUCCCCCCACCACCACCACCGCCGCUCCGCAGGUGGCCCCAGGGCUGCCAUGGUCCCCUUGCUCCUGAGGAACCCGGGCUUUUCCUGGGGGGCGGGGGCACGCAUUUACAGAGAGCCCUUUCCUCUGUAGAGUGGCACGGUGCUGAAUAACCGUCACUAUGCCGAGGUGGAGCUGCUGACUGACAUUGUCUUUGGGCAAGAUUGCAUUUAUUGUGGGAGAGGGACCGGGCGGUUGCCUACGUUGGCAUGUCUAAAGGCUCGCUGCGUGUGCGGGGAGGCUAUCUCGAGAGGAAGGAACAUAUUUCUGCACAUGUUGGCCUUGUGUUUGGAAGGAGGUCUGGGGGUGUGGGGCACCCUGGGUAACUAGGGGUCUCGCCAUGGUGCAGAGGCACACUGGUGGGGAAUGGGCAUCUGCUGCCGGAGCCUCCUGGGGAGGGAAGACUGGGCUCUCCCUGCUCGCUCUUCCCACCUCUCUAACAUUCCCCGCUUCCGGAGAUUUGGAAGCAAUAGUGCUCUUCUCAGUGCAUGUGCAAACACGGGGGCCUUCCUGGGUGGGAGGGCAGGGGAGCCAACCCCCCUGGCCUAAUGUUUGAGGAACCGUCUCAAAAGUAAGUUUGCACUGUUCAUUUAUUUUUUGCCCUGCCCUUUUGCACAGAGCAAGGGCAAAGACCUAAAAUAUUUUAGUAAAACCCGGGAAGGGUCCUGAUUCUCAUUAUGCAACGCGGUGGGAACUCCCGCUCCCACGCCCCAGUGGGAGGUGAGGCCCCAGUGGGAGGUGAGGCGGGGCCGGGGCAGAGAGCCCCUCCUGGGGGCGCCGCAGUGGAGGGCUUCGGAUUGGGAACCACACUGUGGACCUCCCUCCUGUUCGCAAGCUGAGCCAUGUGUGCAUCAUCUCGUUCUCUGAGGUCUGCACUCAGCCUCGUUUUGAGGAGGAACAUGUUUGCAGCCCAGUCUUGGCCCAGUUCACCGAGUGCUGCAGGAAACACCCUGGAACUGUAAAUGCGAAGGGGGCAUGUGAUAAAAAGAGGGCUGACAUGUAAAUGUAACUGAAAAGUCACCGAAUCUAUCCGAAAAUGUAAUUUGUAUUGUGCAGAAAUGCUGAGGGUUUUCAGAUUUCUCUUUUCCAGCCACUUUUCUGGAUGCAUGGAAAAGCAAAAGUCCCUCCCAUGCCCAGCCCUUUACCACAAAAUCCAUAGUUUUUGCCCGUCAGUAUUAGUUAUUGGAGUACUACUGGUUUUGUACCCCCCUUCCUUCUUUGAGACAACAGUACACACAAUAGAGGUACAAUUUGUUGGAAUUUUGUUUGUGUAUUUAUUUCAUUCCAGUUUGAUUUAUUUUAAUUGUUGAUACUUAAGUUGUCGAACAGUAGACAUUACUUGUUUUAUUUAUGAUAUAUUUCAGCUUAAUAAAGUUAUGUUAUUAUAAGUGGAUGUAAAUACAGAUUGGGUGUUUUGCGA